AUGAGGGAGGCCCCCGGUCCGCUCAGUGCGGGUUGCGGGUUGCCCGACGGUGGCCGUAGCCACGACGCCGCGCCUGGCGGCCUGGGCACGCCUCCGGUGGCUCAUAGAGCCCCGACUCCAUCCCGGGGGGACACCUGGCAGCUCGCACUGUGCCCUCUGCUGACUUCAGAGGGACACGCGGAGCCGCCCCCCGCCCUGUCCGGCAUAGCCCUGAGGGUCCUGGAGGCACGCAAGCCCCUUCACCACGGCAAGGUGGCAACACGUCGAAGGGACGGGGCGGAUAACAGUGCGGCGUCGCUCCACCAAAGGGUAAAAAACAGCCUCAAGACGGUGGAGUUGGUGGCCACUGGGUCCGCCAACCUGAAGGGGACUUUUGUGCGGGCCCUCAAGACGGCUGUCGCGUCAAUCGGGGAAGCGGUCGAUGACCUGAAGGAGCGUACUUCCUCCGAAGAGACGCGACGGCUACAGAGGCAAAAUGCCAAGUUGAGGGCGGAGGUUACAGACCUGCGCUCUGAGGUGGAGGAGUUGAAAGCGGAGCUCCGGGCCUACUUCAUGAAGCGGGCCCCGCCCUCGUCUCUAUCCAAGGAGGCACCACAGCCCGCCACUGCCCCUCCCGGGCGCUCCGAUGCGGACGAGCUGGUCGGGGCGAUCACGGCCAGGGUAGGGCGGAUGCUUGACGAGAGGCUUGGAGCCCUGGAGCGUGAUGGCAGGCUUCUGCCAGCCAAACCGGAGCAACCCCCACCGGCUGCAGACCGGGGACGACAGGAAGAGAAAGGGCAAGAAGAGUGCGCCGAAACCGUCAGCGAAGGCCACCCCACUGAGAGUCCUCUUCCGCCCGCUACUGAACCCCCUCGGCCAGCGGCUGCCACGUCCACUGACGAGGGCUGGAAGGUGGCGGUCGGCGGCAGAAAGAAGAGGAGGAAGGCAGCAGCGACCAAGGCAAAGGCGCCCCAGCCAGCACCGCAGCGGGCGAAACCUAAAGCCCGGAGACUUCGCCCUCCCCGCUCGGCAGCUGUGGUGCUGACGCUGCAACCGGAAGCGGAGGCAAACGGCGCAACUUAUGCCAAGGUGCUGGCCGUAGCAAAGGACAAGGUCAAGCUAUCUGACCUGGGCAUUUCCGAUUUGCGUUUUCGGCGGGCAGCCACUGGCGCACGGAUUCUGCAGCUGCCGGGUGUGAACAGCGGUGUGAAGGCCGAUAAGCUGGCAAGGGAGCUGGCGGAAAAACUGGGAGAGGAAGUCCGAGUGUCCAGGCCGACAAAGUGUGCGGAGCUGCGACUAUCCAACCUGGAUGACUCAGUGACGUCGGAGGAGGUAGUCGCCGCCGUUGCUCGAGUCGGGGAAUGUACUCAGGACCAGGUCAAGGCAGGGGAAAUCCGCCGGGAUCACACUGGUCUUGGUACAGUCUGGGUACGCUGCCCGGUCACGGCGGCAAAGAAGGUGUCCGACGGUGGUCGUUUCCUGGUUGGAUGGUCUUCGGCACAGGUGAAGCUGCUGGAGCCCAGAAUACUACGCUGCUACCGCUGCCUGGAGGUUGGGCAUGUCAGGGCGCAAUGCCAAGCGCAGAUAGAUCGCGGCAGUCUGUGCUACCGAUGUGGAAAGCCGGACCACAAGGCGGCACAAUGCUCGGCCGAGCCCCACUGUGCAGUGUGCGAGGCAUCGGGUAAGUCGGCAAGCCAUGCCCUGGGCUCCAAGGCGUGCACUGCCCGAGGACCGAGGAAAGAUAGGAAGACUCGCGAUGGCCCCCGGCCCCCUCGCAGUCUUCCCAGCCGGCCGCGACAACACCCGCGGCCAGCAAUGCGUUGGGGGAAGCAAUGGCCGCUGAAUAAAUAA